UAAAAAACUAACGUAAACCCAGGUUAUACCAUAGUGGCAUAUGGUAAGAAUUAAUACUGCUAAGCAGUGUUCUGUAUGUGGGUAAAAUGAGUGCAAAGAAACGUAACAUCAAAUUGGGUUGGAAGCAAGUGGGUGAUGAAGAAUAUGUUUUGGAAACUGGAAGAAGUCCAGAUGCUGAUUUAUCUUUCGGUGAUGCUUCAAACCCCAAGGAUAAAAACCCCAGUAUUUCUAAUGGUGUUUUAUGCGGACAAGUUAUGGUAAAACAGAUCAGAGACUUAAAACUGCCAGAAACAAUCACAAAGUCUAUUGUUGAAAUCAACCCACAAACCAUGCACUUAUGUGGCAUGCAUAUUGGGGGACCAGUCAUUCUACAGACACAACUUUCUGAAGUGGACAAUCCAACAAAUAUUGCUUUACGAAGCUGGCCGUCUUCACAAAUUCCACUUGGAAGAAUAUCAAUGUGUGAGAAACAGAUGGUUGAUGUAAAUUGUGCAUCAAAUGACUUUAUCUUUGUCAGCACUGCUCCUGAUCCGAUCCCCGCAUCUUCUGUUGAUCUUCAGCCUUGUUUUGAGAGAACAACUGAACAUGAUGACAUGUUUUUUACUUCUCCACAUUUUGUUAACUUCCUCUCCCAAGUACUCAACAAAACUUACAUCGUGAGUGGGCAGAAAGUUGAAAUUUCAUAUUUUGGUAAACCUUUUGCGUUCAAUGCAUUUCCUGGGUUCAAACACACAAGUCAAAACAACCAUAAAUGUUUAGAAAAAUCCUCUGCAGCCUCAAAUGAGCUUAGCAGCUUAAACUGCAGCUUGGGGAAUUUAAAACUGAAUGGAAAUCAUAAUAUUCUGCAAAACAAAUCAAGUAGUUUCAUUUCAACAUCAACUCCAGUGAAAAUGGACAAGACUUCAGUUUGUGAGAUUUCAAGCUCAAACGAUCCAAGUUACAGAUUCUGUCCAUUAGCCAAAGUGUUUGUAUUUACUCCAAAAACAAAUAUCUAUAUCAGCGGUAUCAAAACAUCUGAGGAAACAGCGAAAAAUAAAUUAAAAUCUUCAAUAAAAUUUGAUGACAUUGGUGGCUUAGAGAAACAGAAACAGAUUUUGACGGACAUCGUGAUUUUUCCGAUCAAAAAUCCUCUACCUUUCAACAAAGCAGGAGUAAAGCCUGUACGUGGAAUAUUACUUUGUGGACCACCUGGUACAGGGAAAAGUAUGCUAGCUAAGUCGAUAGCUGGAGAAUUGAAUGCUAAUAUGAUGUUGCUGCGUGGUACAGAAGUCAUGAGCAGAUUUUUUGGCGAAAGCGAAAAACAACUGAGUUCUGUGUUUGAUGAAGCACGAAAGAGAUCUCCAUGCAUCGUUGUCAUCGAUGAUGUUGAAAGUUUGUGUCCGAGACGGGAUGCAUCACGAAGUGAUGUUGAGAAGAGGAUUGUGGCUUCGUUUAUUUCAAUAAUGGAUGCUUUGAACAGUUGGGAGGAAGAUGUUGUUGUCAUAGCAACCACCAGCAGACUUGAGUCUAUUGAUCCUGCUCUUAGAAGAUCUGGAAGAUUUGAUCGAGAAGUGGAUGUUGGUAUUCCAUCUUCUUCUGACAGAAUGGAGAUACUGAUCAAACUCCUGGCAAAGAAAGAGCAUAGAAUCAGCAGAGAGCAGAUGGAAGCACUUGCGGACCAGGCGCAUGGUUACGUUGGGGCCGAUCUUUGCGCUGUAUGCGGUGAAGCUGGCUUGCAUGCAGUGAAGAGGUGUACAAGUACAGAUGAUGACGUCAUAAUCACUUCUGAUGACGUCACGCAUGGUUUGAAGGAAGUUCCACCAAGUGCUAUGCGAGAAUUAAUCAUCCAAGUUCCUAAAGUGCAAUGGUGCGACAUUGGUGGUAACAAAUUUGUGAAAAAGAAGCUUCAGCAGGCUAUCGAGUGGCCAUUAAAGAAUCCUGCGGCUUUCCAGAGACUUGGUAUUGACCCCCCUCGUGGUGUACUUAUGUAUGGACCUCCUGGGUGCUCCAAAACCCUCACAGCAAAGGCGCUGGCGACGGAAAGCGGUCUCAACUUUAUUUCUAUAAAGGGUCCAGAAUUGUUCAGCAAAUAUGUGGGUGACUCUGAAAGGUCAAUUCGGCAAAUUUUUGCGAAAGCUCGUUCAGCUGCACCAGCCAUUAUAUUUUUUGACGAGCUGGACGCACUAGCCAUUGAACGCGGAAGUGGGAACGCAGUAGCCGACCGAGUUCUCGCCGCGAUGCUCACCGAGAUGGACGGAGUCGAACAGCGUCACGACGUCAUCGUCGUCGCUGCCACCAACCGUCCAGAUAUGAUUGACAAGGCUUUACUACGACCUGGUCGAAUCGACAAAAUAAUUCUGGUGCCCCUUCCUGAUGCUGAAACAAGACGCGAAAUUUUCCGAAUCCAGUUCCGGAAAAUGCCGAUCGCUGAUGACAUCAGUAUGGAAGCAUUGGUUGCGAAAACGGAACGUUAUUCAGGAGCCGAGAUUCACCUGCUUUGAAGCUGCAUCAAUACGUCAUAAUUGUAAAUCACAUACGUCAUAGAGGCAUAUUAACAUAUCGAUUGCUGGAGAUAGACCUUCUUGGGGGAUUAUUUUCACUACCGCGCAUGUUUCCGAUGGCAACGAUAGCCAAAGAUGUGAUCUUAAAGAGCCCACCAGUUUGAAAUAAAAGAUUUGGUAAGCGCUAACUUCCUUGCUUUGCGUUUUACGAUGUAAUUUCACAUUGAUAAAACUGAAAUUCUGACACAAUGUGAAAGCGUGGAGUGGAAACCUCGACGGUCUGAUGGCGGCCCCAAACCAUUAGACGGAAAGGAAAAUCGCGAUAAAGUCAAAAAAAACCAUCGUCUGGUCUCAAUUUAGACGCAUCUGCCGAUGCGCCUUUGAUGGCGAGGCCUUUUAUGGGCAACGGACGUAUAUUUCGCUUCGAAAUCUGUUCCUAGAUUCGUAAUUCGUGCGUAUGUUUUUUCCAAACUGUCCGCAUUGGCACGCGAAUUUAUUUUUCUCUGCACGCGACCGGUGUAGCGAAGCUAUGCGUAAAAAUUGGGGCAUUUAUAGUUUAUUUUGCUUAAGCCGUUUUGUGAAGAGUAUAAAUUGCGUGUUGUAGAUGUUAUUUGCGGUAGAAUGUACUAUAGAAUUGUUAGAGCUUCAAGGCUGCAAAUAAUUGCUUGUUAUGCAACAUGAACAGUUAAUUCUCCAGCUUAAUAAUAAUCUGUUUGAUAUUUGGAAAGGGGCGAAGUGUGUUAGAAAUAGACCAACAGAAGCUAAAACGGACACAAUAUAUUUGUAAUAUAGGAAUUUUGUUGUAGUAUGACGCACGUACACAGAUUAUCCACGCCCAACCGCAUUACUGCUUCGUUAUUUCCUGUCUUUGAAAUUGUUAAAAUAAAAAAAAUCAAUCCAGCUGUCAAAUUGCCAGAAGGCGGCUAUUCUUAAGGAUAAGAGACGUGAAACGCUUAAAAUAGAUUUGUAUGUCUAUUUUGAUGUUCUCCCCCAAACCUCUUCAGAUUGGCAGACUUCUAAAUCGUUAAAUUCUUUAAUAAACAAAACGUCAUGAACCGGACCAUUCAUUCCAAUUGUUGAUACAAGAACAGAAAGUGUAUGACGUCACAAUGAACCACUGUUGACGUUUUCCGAUGCUUCCGAUAUUCAUCCACACAGCGGUUUGAACGAGAAUUCAAUGUUUACUCAGGCAACAGGGCGUGAAAAUCCGUGACGAUUAUCCCAAUCUCACAAGCUGGGGCCGCAGAAUUUCACGGGUCGACGGAAAGGACGUGGGUUUCGGAAUACUCAAUCCUGUGCUAGAAUCACAGACCACGUUGAUCCGAGUUUGGACAAUGCUGGCGAGCAUGGCCAUGUCAACACGAGACUCGGAACGCCAGAACUUCGGAAACGCAAAAGAAAACAACGUCGGUCGGUUUCACAAAUCCGCUUAUUCUCACCGCGACUCGAACCAGUCGCUUAUAUAAAUGCCACCCAAGCUCACGAGUCGGUGUGAGUUGCUCUACGUGUCCGGGUAUUAGACAGAUAGCCGUGGAUUAUCUCUGAACAAGUGAACAGGGGAUAUCCACGCGUGUAGACCCCCUCUGCGACGAUUCGGCCAACGCGAUGAGAUUAUGCGUUCACGGACAAAAUGCCGUUAAUUGCUUCGUGUGGUUUACAAACUCGUGAAAAGGCCGUUGCAGCCGAUGCAGCUUCGCUGAAACGGUCUGUCAUCGCCAACCAAUUUAACCUUAAAUUACACAGGUUAACCAAGCGUCGAAGGCGCUCAAGAAGCGGCCAAUCUCCCUGUUUUGUUUGCUUUGCUUUCCGCCUGCCCUUCCGCAGAAUAGUUACGAAGCCCGGCAUCUCUAUUUUCGUGUUUACCGAGGAACAACUUUGUUACGCUAACUUGCCAGAAGUGCUACCUCCAGCAAACGCGCCGUACAUUCCGUCGGCAUUCCUCGGCGACUUAAGCUCGAAAAAUGCUCCACAAAUCAAAACGACCGGUAAGGAUUAAAAAACAAUUAAAUUUCGGGGACACCUCAUUUUUUCGCUUGACAAAAUUUCCAACCACAUUUACCCCACGUGACAAGCGCCUAAACAUGCAGUGUUGACCGACAAACUGUUUCCGAGUUUUCCUCACCGGCAACACUGCGGUAUGAUAGCAGACACGGUUUAACGACAGCAAAGCUAGAUUCGCAGAAGAGGGGGCGAUCGAGCGAAAACAACGACUGCUAGUUUAAAGAGCUCAGAACGGCUGCAAAUUUCCGGCUCUGCAAUUCCACGCGUAGUUGUCAACAGCCGCCAACCGUGGCGAGAUAGAAAUAAAGCUAUGGGGCAACGACAGAAACUCCACGUGCUUGCGUGCGGGACAAGUACAACGGGCAAAGUGAGUUCAGCUCUUACAUAAAUUAUUAACCAAACUAAUCAGAUUAAGGAAGCUUGUUCUAACAUGGAGAGAUAAUCAAGCUGGUAAAUAUUAGCCGUAGGCCGAGUCCGGUUAUCUUAUUGUGGCUGCUGCUCUCGAUUAGACAUAGGUAUUACGUCAUCAACAUUCAAGGUACUGUUUUGUUGGAUUAGGUUUCUAUCCGGUAGUCGUGUCGUGUUGAUGCAAUAUCGUAAUAGUGGUUGCUGUGAACUAGUUUGUACGUCACUGAAAAUACCUGUGCUUAUUUUCUGGUCUGGGUGUUAAGCUCCUACUGUGAUUCGUGUGUUCGGAGCUUAACCGCGCUGCACCAAAGGUGUUAUCAUUGUACGCAUUCAGGGCUGUAAAAUCGGUAUUGUUUUU